UAGAAGUAGGAAUAAAUUCUUUUAAAUUAGUAUUCAAUUAGUGUAUAUAUUCUAAUAUAAUAAAAAAAUUGUCAAUAGUUAUUCAGAAUUUAACAUUUAUAAUAAAAAUGAAGAAUUGGCAAUUAAUAUCUCUUAUUUUGAUAAUAUCCUAUGUGAUAUUUAAUGAAGGGAUUCAAUAUUCAGGUGACGAUGUAAUAUACCAAUUUGAAAAAGGUACCACUAGAAAAGCUGCUGAAAACGGAAACUUAGAAUUUUUAAUAUAUGCCCGUGAAAAUGGAUGUGAAUGGGAUGAUGAUACGACUAUUGUAGCUGCAUCAAAUGGUAAUUUGGAAUGUUUAAAAUAUGCUCAUGAAAAUGGAUGUGAAUGGAACGAAGAAACAACAAAGGCUGCUGCUACAAAAGGAUAUUUAGAAAUCUUAAAGUAUUUACAUACAAAUAAAUGUCCGUGGAAUGAAAGCACGACAGAAGCAGCUGCAAAAUAUGGUAAUUUGGAAUGCUUAAAAUAUGCAUAUGAAAAUGGCUGUGAUUGGAAUGAACUCACUAUUGUGUUCAGUGCUAUUCAAACAGAUAAUAUAGAAAUGUUAAAAUAUGCCCACGAAAAUUUAUGCGAGUUGAAUAAAGAUGUAACUAUUAUGGCUGCCUUAAAAGGUAAUCUAGAAAUUUUUAAAUAUUUACAUAAAAAUAAAUGUCCGUGGGAUGAAAGGACAAUAGAAGCAGCUGCGAUUACUGGAAAUUUAGAAUGUUUAAUGUAUGCUCAUGAAAAUGAAUGUCCAUGGGAUAAAACGACAACACAUUUGGCUGCUUCUUAUGGUCAGUUAGAAUGUUUAAAAUAUGCUCAUGAAAAUGGAUGUUUGUGGGAUGAAAGCACAACAGAAAUGGCUGCUAGUAAUGGACAUUUGGAAUGUUUAAUAUAUGCCCAUCAAAAUAGAUGUCCAUGGAAUAAAAGAACGACUCAUGCAGCUGCAAACAAUGAUAAUUUAGAAUGCUUAAUAUAUGCAUAUGAAAAUGGCUGUGAAUGGGAUGAAUUAAAUAUUGUGUUAAGUGCUAUUCAAAAUAAUAAUCUAGAAAUGUUGAAAUAUGCCCAUAAAAAUUUAUGCGUAUUGGAUAAAGUUGCAACUACUAUGGCUGCCUUAAAAGGUAAUCUAGAAAUUUUAAAAUAUUUACAUAAAAAUAAAUGUCCAUGGGAUGAACGGACAACAGAAGCAGCUGCUGCUAAAGGUAAAUUAGAAUGUUUAAAAUAUGCUCAUGAUAAUGGAUGCCCGUGGAAUGAAAGGACAACAGAAGCAGCUGCUGCUAAUGGACAUUUAGGAUGCUUAAUAUAUGCUAAUGAAAAUGAAUGUCCAUGGAAUAAAAACACGACUGAUGCAGCUGCAAAAUAUGGUAAUUUAGAAUGCUUAAUAUAUGCUUAUGAGAAUGGCUGUGAAUGGAAUCAAUUCAAUAUAGUGUUAAAUGCAAUAAAAAAAGGUAAUCUAGAAAUGUUAAAAUAUGCUCACAAAAAUUUAUGUGAAUUGAAUAAAGACGCAACUUAUAUGGCAAUCUUAUCAAAUAAUCUAGACAUUUUAAAAUAUUUACAUCAUGUUAAUUGUGCUUGGGAUGAAAGCUCAACAGAAGCCGCUGCUAUGACUGGUAAUUUAGAAUGUUUGAAGUAUGCUCAUGAAAAUGAAUGUCCUUGGGAUGAAAGAACAACAAAAGCAGCAGCUUCCAAUGGUAAUGUAGAAUGUUUAAAGUAUGCUCAUGAAAAUGGAUGUCCAUGGGAUAAAAACACUAUAAAUGCAGCUGUUUCUAAUGGUCAAUUGGAAUGUUUAAAAUAUGCCCAUGAAAACAAAUGUGAAUGGGAUGAAGAUACAACUUUUGAAGCUGCUAUGAGGGGUAAUUUGGAAUGUUUAAAAUAUGCUCACGAAAAUGGUUGUCCUUGGGAUGAAGUCACAACAGAUGUGGCUGCUUUUUACGGAAAACUAGAAUGUUUAAAAUAUGCACAUGAAAAUAAAUGUCCGUGGGAUAAGAACACAACACGUGGAGCUGCUGUUUAUGGUGAAUUAGAAUGUUUAAAAUAUGCUCAUGAAAAUGGAUGUCCUUGGGAUGAAAAUACAACACGCGGAGCUGCUUCUAGUGGUGAAUUAGAAUGUUUAAAAUAUGCUCAUGAAAAUGGAUGUCCUUGGGAUGAAAAUACAGCACGCGGAGCUGCUUCUAGUGGUAAAUUAGAAUGUUUAAAAUAUGCUCAUGAAAAUGGAUGUCCUUGGGAUGAAAAUACAACAGAAAGAGCUGCUGCUAAUGGACAUUUAAAAUGUUUAAUAUAUGCUCAUGAAAAUGGAUGCUUUUGGAAUGAAACUACGACAAGGGCGGCUGCACAUAACAGUAAGUUUGAGUGUUUAAAAUAUGCCCAUAUAAAUGGAUGUCCGUGGGAUGAAGCCACAACUAGAGCUGCUGCAGCAAGUGGGUGUUUAAACUGCUUGAUAUAUGCUGAUGUAAAGGGAUGUAAUUGGGAUAAAGAUACGAUAGCUGCAGCAGCUGUGCAUGGUAAUUUAGAUUGUUUAAAAUAUGCCCAUAAACAUGGAUGUGAAUGGGUUGAAGGGACAAUGAGAUUGGCUGCUGCGAAUGGACAUUUAGACUGCAUUAAAUAUGCCCAUGAAAAUGGUUGUGAGUGGGACGAAGGCACAACAAGGGAAGCUGCUGCUAGUGGUUAUAUUGACUGUUUGGUAUAUGCACAUAAAAAUAAAUGUCCAUGGGACGAAGGGACAAAGAGUAGUGCUGCUGCAAAUGGUCACAUAGACUGCCUAAAAUAUAGUCAUUUAAAUGGGUGUGCGUGGGACGAAGGGACAACAAGACUUGCUGCUGCAAAUGGUCAAUUUGAUUGCAUAAAAUAUGCCCAUGAAAAUUAUUGUCCAUGGAGUAGAGGGACCAUUUAUGAAGCUACUCAACAAAAUUAUAUUAGUAUAAUCAACUAUGCUGUAGAAAAUGGCUGUCUUAAUUAAUUUUUAUUUAAAUAUAGUUAUUUUGAUUUUAUUCUUUUAA